UACUUUUCGUUUUAAUAUAGUACAUAAUGAAUUAUGAUACAAUUAAAUUUAAUUAAUCAAAUAAUUUGAGAUUUCUCUCUUAAAACUAUACCUCAAUCAAUAAUACUCUAAGAAAAUCCAUGGCGGCGCGGCAAAUUCAGAAGCGAAUUCUGAGUCUUCUCUCUACCAAAACCUACAUCGCUCAAGGAUUACCAUGGAGUUCUGUUUCUCCUUCAAGGUCAUCUUUUGGCAUGAACGAUAUAUUUUCAAGACGGUGUCUUCAAACAGUUGCAGGAAUCACCAAGCAGGCUGUUGAAGUAGGGGAAACUAAUAAAAACUGUGAUCCAGAUACUAAUACCGAUUCUGCUGCUGCAGUUGUUUCUAGUAUCAAGAAAGAGACCACAUACAAGUACACUGUGCAAUCUAAUCUUAAAACCUCCCCAAGACAUGACCUGAUGAUGAUCUUCACUUGCACAGUAUGUGAAACCAGAACCAUGAAAACAGUUUGUCGCGAGUCAUACGAGAAAGGUGUUGUGGUGGCUAGAUGUGAUGGUUGUAAAAACAUACACCUUAUUGCUGAUCGUCUCGGGUGGUUUGGUGAGCCUGGUAGCGUGGAAGACUUCCUCGCUGCUCGCGGGGAGGAAGUGAAAAAGGGCUGUGUUGAUACUUUAGGUUUUACACUCGAAGAUCUGGCAGGAAAGAAAACACUGGAAACUAUUAGGGGAGAAGUAGAAUCCAAAUCUGAGAUUUAGAAGUCAAAUCUGGAUAUAGAGAUUAAACAAGUUGAUUUUGUAAUGAACAUUGAAUCUAUAGUUGCUUUGGCAAUGCUUACAGCAUUUAUUUGCUUAUAGAUAUACUUAUUUAUGAAAACCAAAUAAGCUUCAACCGCCAGCUAAAGUAAGGAGGAUUGUUCAAGUCCUAUAGCUCAUGUUCACAUACCUAGGAGGAUUGUUCAAGUCCUAUAGCUCAUGUUCACAUACCUGUGUGAUAUGGAACAUUAUCAUCAAUAUAAGUUGUUUAUAAUAUAUUGAUCAUGAAA